ACUCAUUUGGGCCUCUUCCCCUUUGACUUCUCUUGUAAGUCGCUGACUCUACUACUUCUUCCUCACUCUUUAAUCUCUUCUGCAAAUGAGAUUCCAACACUACCUCUCGAAUCUUUUGAUUAAUCCCCAAAUUUCAGUUUCAUCAGGGGGAACUACGGGGGAAGUUUCGUUUGCUGGCAUGCUUGUAGUUUCUUAAUCUCUUUCUCCAUCAUAUAUACAUACUCUUGUUCUAUAGGGAUUGAUCUUCUCUCUUAGCCUUUUUUUUCAGCAACAACAUGAGCUGGUUUUUCGACUUUCUCAUCCAAUUUUUAAUGAGUUUCACACAUGUAUGUGUUUACUGGAGUUGUAUUUUUGACACUCUUUCUUAUCCAUCUCUACCAUUUUUGCUUGUUCUUCUCUCCCUUUUACAAACAACCCCAGCAUAGGUUAACUAAGAGGUGCGUAACUUCCAAUCUCCCUAUUAUUCGUAUUUUCCACGAAACGAACUUCCUCUCUGUUCGUCUUUCUAAUUUUUUCCUUCAGCGAGUUUCUUCUCCAUUCCUCUGUUUAUCUUUCAACCCAAUUACAUGUACAACUCCUCUUCCUUGCAGGAAUUUGGGAUUAUGCUGGCUAUAUACUGGUGGGAAGGUGCUCUGUUUGGCUAUAUGUCUAAGUGUUUGGCGGAUUGAUAUGAAGCAGAUGGUAUGCACUUCAACUCACCAUGUUGGACAUCACACUCUGAAGAAUGCAUCAUUGCUAGAUAGUGAGUGAUACUAUCAUUAGCGGCCAUCUAUACUAUUAAGGUGACUUUCUGGUUUGUUACUUUAGGUUUGAUGUGGUUGGUUGUGUAUGCCAUCUUUUUUGGUUAUAUAGUAGUAAUGGAGCUGAUUUGUUGCGAUGAUAGGAAUAAAGAUUUGUGUUAAGAUUAGUUAGUCGAAUAUUCUAUGUUAUCAACUAAAGACUUUCAGUUAAUGUUUUGUAAUUUGUUUCCGUUUGAUAUGUUUAUUAUAGAGGAUGUUUAGGGAUUUCAUUAAUCUAUUUUUAAAAAGUUUUGAAUGUUGAUUGUAGAGAUGAUAGAGUCCGAUUUUGUUAGUUUCGGAAAGGAGUAAGUUUCGGAUUUUAAUAUAUUUGAUUUUGGAAAAGUUUCGGAUUUUAAUAUAUUUGAUUUUGGAGUUUAAAUGUCGAAAAUAUUUGAUAUGGCAAGUAUUUAAUGUCGAAAAUAUUUGAUAUGACAAGUAUUUUUUUCUAUCUAAUUAUCCUUUCAAAUUGCUUAUAUGUGUCGCAAGAAGUCAUUGAUUGGAAACUCUGAUAAUCCAUCCACAAUCCGAAUAAUAUUAGUCUGGGUCAUGUAAGGUCCGCGUCUUUUUACGCGAUCAGAUUACCAGUUUGUCCCUAAUUUUUUUUUCCUUGUUCUUCUGAUUUUUGAACGUGAGGGCAUUAUAUAGAAUCUCAUUUUUUUUUUUUUUAUUCUUAAGUGUACUCCCCAAUUAAUAGUAUAGAUAGAUUGAGUCAAAAAAGAGAUUUUUUUUUUUUUUUAGAGGCGGUAUCAAAAUGUUUCUUUUUUAAUUUGUAAUUAGUACAAAACAUAUCCGGUGCCCAUUACGUAUUUUAUAGAAUCCUUGUAGCUUUAGUUCGAGAGACUAGGCUGGAACCUAACAGAAAACGAUAGAGAUAAGUCAUAAGACAUUACUGAUCUACUUAUUUUACCAUCCUAAAAUUCAAGUUUAAGAUUUGUUUUAAUCUUACAAAUUAUAAGAGCGAUAAAAAACGGUAAUGAUAUUAAUAACGAUG